AUGAUCGAUUCAACCUUUGAUCAAAAGGAUAGACCUUGGUUUUAUUGCAUCUCUUCGACAAGUUUAGUAAUAAGCAUAACGGCCCUAUUGUUCCGAUGGAGAGAACAACCUGUAAUUAGCUUUUCGGAAAAUUUCCAAACGAACAAUUUCAACGAAAUCUUUAAAUUUCUCAUUUCAUUAUGUUCAACUUUAUGUAUUCCUAUAUCAUAUUCAUAUUAA